AUGGCUCCUUAUCACAUCCGCAAAUACCAAGAGAGUGAUCACAAAAGGGUUCUGGCCCUGUUCUCCAGUGGGAUGACUGAGCAUAUCCCCACCUCCUUCCACUACAUGCUGAUGCAGCCCCAAAUCCUCUUGUUCUUAUUUAGAGUGCCCCUCACCCUAUUUCUGCACUGGCUCCUUAUGGUCAUGACCAGCUUUAUCCUCUUGGCUUUCCUGUGGCUCCUGGCUAUAUACACCUGGAGGAAGUAUAUGAUCAUGUGUUUGUGCAUAGACCUGGCUGACAUCACCAACUCCUACAUGAGUGCAUGUGGAUCCUGCUUCUGGGUAGCUGAGUCUGGGGGCCAGGUGGUGGGCAUAGUGGGGGCUCUGCCAGUUAAGAAUCCCCCCUUGCAGAAGAAGCAGUUGCAGCUAUAUCACCUCUCUAUGGCCUUGGAGCACCGAGGUAAGGGGAUAGGGAAAGCCCUGGUCAGGACAGUCCUCCAGUUUGCAGAGGUCCAGGGCUACAGUGAAAUUGUUCUUAGCACCAGUAUGCUGCAGUAUGCUGCCCUGGCUCUGUACCAAUGGAUGGGCUUCCAAAAGACAGGCCAAUCCUUCUUCACUAGGAUUUCAAGGCUAAGGAAUACUCCUAUGAUUCAUUUAAGGUACCGCCUCCCUUGUGCUCAAGAAGGGAGCCUGUGA